GGAAAACUGUAAUGGUCCCUGUGGGUCUCUACUGGCAAUUAGCUGCCUUCUUUUGGUGGCGUGUUAUGUCUAGUGGAUUCCAUUAAAGACCAAUAACGGUAAUGGUUUUACUGGUUAGCUGAUGGUUUGUAAUGGUAUUUGUAGUGGAAACCAUUAGAAUUUCUGUGAUGGUUUCUGUUGGGGAUUUUUUUUUUUUUUUUUUUUUUUUCUUCAACCCCCCGCCCUGACUGUCCCCGAAGUGAACGAGCCUGAUUCCGGAAAGAGCCGAUCGCUUUCCGAAGACUUCCGAAGAGGAGUCGAGAGCGAGCAGAGAGAGAGAGAGAGAGAGAGAGAGAGACAGACAGACAGAGAGAGAGAGAGAGAGAGAGAGAGAGAGAGAGAGACAGACAGACAGACAGACAGAGAGAGAGAGAGAGAGACAGGGAGAGAGACAGAGAGAGAGAGCGAGAGAGAGACAGACAGACAGAGUGAGAGAGAGAGAGAGAGAGAGAGAGACAGGGAGAGAGACAGAGAGAGAGAGCGAGAGAGAGAGAGACAGACAGACAGAGUGAGAGAGAGAGAGAGAGAGAGAGAGAGGUGCGCGCGCGCCUGUGACUGAAGCUCGUUGCGGGUAGAAACGGGAGCAGAAGUAACCGCGCGCGUGCGCGCGUGUGUGUGUAUGUGUAUAUGCAUGCAUGUGUGCGCGAGUGUGGAAGGAGGCAAAAAAAACUCUGGGAAAAGCCCCGAUACACGCGCUUGUACCGACUAAAAGACACCGAACACGGGAUUACACGGUCGCUGGGAACAGCAGGAGCUUUGCUUCUCGUUUUUGGGGGAAUCGGAAAAGUGGAUUUUGUUGUGUUGGUCACGUCGCGAGCUCGGAGUUUCCCGGUGCCACGGAGAGAGAAAUGCGAACGGAGAAGACCAAACCGGAGACACAGUUUUAGCCUAUGAUUGUGUAAGAGCGAGGAAGGAAAUAGCGGCAUUGAGGAGGAGGAGGAGGAGGAGGAAGAAGAAGAAGAAGUGCCAACCUGGAACAUGGUGCCUCAUAUUUGCCCCUCAGUGCCCUUGACGCCUCGCUGGCUUUCUGUCCUGCUUCUGCUCGGCUGCACGGCCUUUCCCUCCCACGCCGACAGUUUGCCGAGCUUCAUCAAGACUCCGGAGGACCAGACGGGGAUUUCAGGUGGCGUGGCGUCUUUCGUGUGCCAGGCGGUCGGAGAACCCAAGCCUCGCAUCACCUGGAUGAAGAAAGGGAAGAAAGUCAGCUCUCAGCGCUUUGAGGUGAUCGAGUUCGACGAUGGCUCGGGCUCCGUCCUGCGGAUCCAGCCCCUGCGCACGCACCGAGACGAGGCCAUUUACGAGUGUACGGCCACCAACAGCGCCGGGGAAAUCAACACCAGCGCCAAACUGACCGUGCUGGAAGAGAAUCAGAUUCCUGCCGGUUUCCCGAGCAUCGAUAUGGGUCCUCAGCUCAAAGUGGUGGAGCGAACGCGGAUCGCUACCAUGCUGUGUGCCGCUAGCGGAAACCCCGAUCCGGAAAUUUCCUGGUUUAAGGACUUCCUUCCCGUCGACAUCAACAGCAGCAGCGGACGGAUAAAGCAGCUUCGCUCAGGAGCUCUGCAGAUCGAGAACAGUGAAGAGUCAGACCAGGGAAAAUACGAAUGUGUGGCGACGAACAGCGCUGGGACGCGUUACUCCGCCCCCGCCAACCUCUAUGUCCGAGUACGGCGGGUGCCACCCCGUUUCUCCAUCCCGCCCAGCGAUCAGGAGGUGAUGCCGGGGGGCAGCACUAAUCUCACCUGCGUUGCCGUCGGAGCCCCGAUGCCCUACGUCAAGUGGAUGACUGGAGAAGUCGAGCUCACCAAAGAAGAUGAAAUGCCCAUAGGGCGCAACGUUCUGGAGCUUACCAACAUCCGCAAGUCGGCUAACUACACCUGCGUGGCCAUGUCUUCUCUGGGGAUGAUCGAAGCCACGGCGCAAGUUACAGUCAAAGCUCUCCCCAAACCCCCCACGUCUCUGACUGUAACGGAAACGACGGCCACCAGCGUCACCCUGACGUGGGACUCUGGGAACCCGGAACCCGUCUCCUAUUACAUGAUCCAAUAUCGCUCCAAAGCCUCCGACAGCAGCUACCAGGAAGUGGACGGCGUUGCCACGACGCGCUACAGCAUCGGCGGGUUGAGCCCGUACUCGGAGUACGAGUUCCGCGUCAUGGCGGUGAACAACAUCGGGCGCGGUCCACCGAGCGACGCCGUGGAGACCCGCACCAGCGAACAGGCUCCUUCGUCUCCUCCACUGCACGUGCAGGCGCGCAUGCUGAGCUCUAGCACCAUGUUGGUGCAGUGGGAACCUCCGGAGGAACCCAACGGGCAGAUCCGUGGAUAUCGCAUCUAUUACACGACCGAUCCGGAGCUGCAGCUUAGCGCCUGGCUGAAGCACAACACCGACGACAGCCGACUGACCACAAUCUCUGGAUUAACCACCAACAUCACGUACAGUCUCCGCGUCCUGGGCUUCACUUCCGUAGGAGACGGACCUCCGUCGGAUGUCCUGCAGGUCAAAACGCAGCAAGGAGUCCCGGCACAGCCUUCCGGGUUCGAGGCCGAAGCCGAACCCGACGCCAGGAUUAUGCUGAAGUGGCUUUGGCCCGUUCAAGAACCGAUCACUUUAUACGAGCUACAUUACUGGGAGGACGGAUCAGACAAUAAGAUUCGUGUCACCUUCAUCCCGGCUGGGUCGUACGCCGUGGAAGGCCUGAAGCCAGACACUCUGUAUAAGUUCUCCCUUGCCGCCCGCUCCGAAAUGGGCCUGGGGGUCUUCACGAAGCCCAUCGAAGUCAGGACCGCUCAGUCCACCCCCUCAGCUCCACCUCAGGACGUUCAGGUGCUCAGUCUGAGCUCCACUAGCAUUAAGGUGAGUUGGGUGCCGCCUCCUGCUGCCAGCAGGCACGGCGCUAUCGUUCGCUACACCGUGAGCUACCAGGCGGUGAGUGGCGAGGACACCGAGCGGCACGAGGUGACGGAUAUCGGAGCGGACGCCACCGGUGUUGUACUAGAGGGGUUGGGGAAGUGGACGGAGUACGUGGUGCGGGUGAGGGCUCACACCGACGUGGGGCCCGGGCCUGAGAGCGCACCUGUACGCAUCCGAACCAACGAGGAUGUGCCUGGAGCUCCUCCUCGUAAGUUGGAGGUCGAAGCUGUAAACUCGACGGCUAUCCGUGUGACGUGGAAGCCGCCGCUCUCGGGAAAGCAGCACGGUCAGAUCCGAGGAUAUCAGGUGAUUUAUUCCCGGCUGGAGAACGGGGAACCACGAGGGCAACCGAACAUCAUGGACGUAGCGCUGCCUGAAGCCCAAUGGAACAUUGAGGACACCACCGAAUAUGAAGCCAUCAUCUCUGGCCUGAUCUCGGAGACGUCGUACUCGGUUACGGUAGCGGCGUACACCACCAGAGGAGACGGAGCACGCAGCAAAGCCAAGGUCAUCAAAACCACAGGAGCAGUUCCUGGCAAGCCCACCAUGCACAUUAGCAUCACAGUGGGCAACACCGCCCUCAUCCAAUGGCAGCCUCCGAAAGACAUGCCGGGCGAGCUGAUCGGCUACCGUCUACGCUACAAGCGCGCGGACGAGGAAACGUUCGCAGUGCAUAACUUCGGGAGCACGGACGACCACUACACGGCGACGGGCCUCUUCAAGGGCGCCACCUACAGCUUCCACUUGAGCGCCAAGAACCGCGCAGGCACCGGAGAAGAGUUCGUGAAGAACAUCAGCACGCAGGAGGAAGUUCCAAGCGGGUUCCCGCUGAACUUGAGCGUGGUGGGACUGACCACCACGACCACCCGGCUUACGUGGGCGCCGCCGGCCCCGGCGGAGCGGAACGGACGGAUCACUCAUUACAUCGUCGUUUACAGAGAUAUCAACAGCCAGCAGAACAGCACCAAUCGUACGGCGGACACGCACAUGACGCUGCACAGCCUGCGACCUGACACCACCUACGACAUCCGCAUCCAGGCUUUCAACAGCAAGGGGGGUGGACCCAUAAGCCCCAGCAUCCAGAGCAGGACCAUGGCCACGUCACCAGCUUUCGCAACGAGUUUUGGCGUCAAAGCGGUAAUGAAGACAUCCGUCCUUCUGACCUGGGAGCUUCCCGAGAACUUCAAGUCUCAAGGGCUUUUCAAGAUUUUGUACAAUCAGCAGAGCGUGGAGGUUCAGGGCAACAUGAAGAGGAAGCUAAUCACAGGCCUGAAGCCCGACACUAAUUACUCCUUCGUGUUAAUGAGUCGAGGGAACAGCGCUGGAGGACUGCAGCAACAGGUCUCCAUCCGAACCGCUCCGGACCUCCUCAAAACCAAACCCGUCCUCUUCAGAACCGACGAGAACAACGGAGGAAAAAUCACCAUCAACCUUCCCAAAGUGGUGACGACAGCACCGAUCAGUUGGUAUUACAUCGUGGUCGUGCCGGGUUCGCUGAUGUCAUCACGCAGGUGGGAAAAUCCAGAUGAAAUGGAACUUGAUGAGCUUCUCGAGGUCAGCAGAGUUUCCCUGCAGAGGCACCGGCGGCGUCGGCGUUACACUGAAAGUCAGAGACCGUACAUCGCCGCCAAGCUGGAAUACCUUCCCGAGAUGUUCACGCUCGGAGACGAGCAAAACUACAAUGGCUUCUACAACCGCCUGGUGCCUAGGGACCAGCCGUACCAGUGCUUCGUCAUGGCCGAGAUGAAGGAGCAGCACCUUUCCAAUGCCAACGAGAAGCAGCGCGUUUUCUCCUCCAGCCCGUACUCGGACCCGGUGAUGGUGGAGAACGGCAGCGUGGCUCACAGCGUGGAAUCUCCCGAGAUGUUGUGGGUGAUGGGGCCGGUCCUCGCCGUGGUGCUCAUCGUCAGCAUCGUCAUCGCCAUCAUCCUGUUCAAAAGGAAGCGAGCAUCUCCGUUGCCUAAAGACGAACAUUUGAGCGGGGUGAAGGACUCCCUACUGGCGAACUCGUCCGAUCCCGUGGAAAUGAGGAGAAUCAACUAUCAGACGCCAGGUCCCAGCACCUCCUGCUGCCCCGACACUCCAAGAAUGAGAGAGCAUCCUCCCAUCUCCGUGUGUGAGCUGGCCGACCACAUCGAGCGCCUCAAAGCCAACGACAGCCUGCGUUUCUCACAGGAGUACGAGUCCAUCGAUCCCGGUCAGCAGUUCACCUGGGAGAACUCGAACAUGGAGGUGAACAAACCGAAAAACCGCUACGCUAACGUCAUCGCCUACGAUCACUCCCGAGUCGUGCUGACCUCCGUGGACGCUGUUCCAGGUAGCGACUACAUCAACGCCAACUACAUCGACGGCUACCGUAAGCAGAACGCCUACAUCGCCACGCAGGGCCCUCUGCCCGAGACGCUCAGCGAUUUCUGGAGGAUGGUGUGGGAGCAGAGGACCAACACCAUCAUCAUGAUGACCAGACUGGAGGAGAAAUCACGGGUGAAGUGUGACCAGUACUGGCCGGUACGUGGAACAGAAACGUACGGAAUGAUCCAGGUGACCAUGUUGGAUACGGUGGAGCUGGCGACGUACAGCGUGCGCACGUUUGCACUUUAUAAGAACGGCUCCAGUGAGAAGAGAGAGGUGAGACAGUUCCAGUUCAUGGCGUGGCCGGAUCACGGCGUGCCCGAGUACCCUACGCCCAUCCUGGCCUUCCUGCGAAGGGUUAAAGCAUGUAACCCUCCUGACGCCGGGCCCAUGGUGGUGCACUGCAGUGCCGGCGUGGGUCGCACCGGCUGCCUCAUCGUGAUCGACGCCAUGCUGGAGCGCAUGAAGCACGAGAAGACGGUGGACAUUUACGGCCACGUGACGUGCAUGCGCUCUCAGAGGAACUACAUGGUGCAGACGGAGGAUCAAUACAUCUUCAUCCACGAGGCGCUGCUGGAGGCGGCGACCUGCGGCGUCACCGAGGUCCCGGCACGAAACCUCUACACACACAUCCAAAAACUGAGCCAGCCCCCGCCCGGAGACACCGUCAGCUCCAUGGAGCUCGAGUUUAAGAGGCUGGCCAACUCCAGAGCUCACACAUCACGCUUCAUCAGCGCCAACCUGCCGUGCAACAAGUUCAAGAACCGACUGGUGAACAUCAUGCCGUUCGAGUCGACGCGUGUGUGUCUGCAGCCAAUCAGAGGCGUGGAGGGGUCCGACUACAUCAACGCCAGCUGCAUCGAUGGUUACAGGCAGCAGAAAGCGUACAUCGCCACUCAGGGUCCUCUGGCCGAGACCACGGAGGAUUUCUGGAGGAUGCUGUGGGAGCACAACUCCACCAUCGUGGUGAUGCUGACCAAACUCCGCGAGAUGGGACGGGAGAAGUGUCAUCAGUACUGGCCGGCCGAGCGCUCCGCCCGUUAUCAGUACUUCGUGGUCGACCCCAUGGCUGAGUACAACAUGCCUCAGUACAUCCUGCGAGAGUUUAAAGUCACCGACGCCAGGGACGGCCAAUCGCGGACGAUCCGCCAGUUCCAGUUCACCGAUUGGCCGGAGCAGGGCGUGCCGAAGACGGGCGAGGGAUUCAUCGAUUUCAUUGGCCAAGUGCAUAAAACCAAGGAGCAGUUCGGUCAGGACGGACCAAUCACUGUGCACUGCAGUGCGGGAGUGGGCAGGACCGGGGUGUUCAUCACUCUCAGCAUUGUUCUGGAGAGGAUGAGAUAUGAAGGAGUGGUGGAUUUGUUCCAGACGGUUAAAACUCUGCGCACUCAGAGACCUGCCAUGGUGCAGACCGAGGACCAGUACCAGCUGUGUUACCGAGCAGCUCUGGAGUAUCUGGGGAGUUUCGACCACUAUGCAACGUAACACUGCGGGACUUCAGCUACCGGGAACAAUAACAACAACAACAACAAAAACACUUAGGAGUGUGUGUGUGUCGAGUGUCUCUCUCACACACACACACACACACACACACACACACACACACACACACAACCAUGACACACAACACACUUUCUUUCCUGAUUGACUCACAUUCAGCAUAUUCAGAUUCAGCAGCUCUGAACUCUUAAUUUUACACACACACACACACACACACACACACACACACACACACACAAAACAGCUACUGGUAGCGUUUUAUUUCUUUCAUUUUUUAAUCAUUAUAAAAUUUUAUUCUGACUUUUAUUUAGAUUGACUUUUUAUUUUGAUGUUUUUAAUAAUCGCUUAACAUCGUCUUCUCGUCUUAACGGCCUCCGCGCCUUUUCCUUUUCCACAAACCGGUACUGGUAUUUUUAUUAUUAUUAUUAUUAUUAUUAUUAUUUAAUUUUAAUUGUAAUUUUAUUUCUCGUUCUUUCUUUUUUUUUUUUAGGUUAUUUGAGCACACAGGGUGUGUGAUUUUUUUUAACACGUACUAACACACGAGGGCGCUGUUCGUCCUCAGCGCUGCUGUCGGAUUUCAUUCAUAACAUUUUUCAUUUCUUUUAUAUAUGAGUUGUCAUUUUUAUUAUUAUUAUUAUUAUUAUUAUUAUUCGACGAAUCGCAGCGGGUUAACUUCAUUACUUUGUAGAAAAGAAAAUAUCGACGUAAAAAAAAAAAAAAUCUACAGAUACAACAGCGGCGACGCUACACACACACGCCACGGCGGAGACGUUCGCGCGUAAAGGCGCGCGCCGAUGUUCCGUUUCUUUUUACAUCGCGAUAAUAGUUAUUAUCACGAUCUCAAUGUUGUCGGUUAGAAUCACAAUAAGUAAAUAAAUAAAUAAACAGACACAAACACACACACAUUUACAUCCACCUCCGGUUCCGUAGCCACUUAAUGCUGAUUGGACGGAGCCGGGUCAUGUGGCCGGCACUUCCUGUGGAACGUUCGCUAACAAUAUAUACGUGUUAAAUAGCACGGAUACACGGCGUAUUCGAUUAUCGGUGCGCGCCUACUGUAUACGAGGCGUUAAAAAUCUAUCACGCGAUAUAUAUAUACGUUUUGAUCCCGAGUCUGAUUUCUCAUCCAAGUGUACAGUAUUAACCACUCCACAAGUGAACUUUUUAUACGGAAAUAUAGAUAUAUAUAUAUAGAUAUAUAUAUAUAAAAAUAUAAAUAUAUAAAUAUACACGUAUAAAUAUGAGAAAGUAUAAAUAUUAUUCAUAAAGUAUAUAUACAGCUACAGAUAUACGAUCAGUCGUCACUUCUUCCGGACGAACACGAUCGGGACGUACCAACUACGGAGAGACUGCGGGGGGGUGAAAUCUGUAUUAAUCCUGCGAAAAGUAAUAUCUACUGUAUUAACCCUAACACACACCACACGCGUACGGGUGUGUCCGGGCGUGUGCGAGCGUAUGUGAGUGUGUGUGUGAGAGUGCGAGCGUGUGUGUGUGUGUGUGUGUGUGUGUGUGUGUGUUGUCUCUGAUGAAGCACAGCGGAGGCCUGAUUAUAACCACACACUAAGCUGGCCAAAAGUUUCCUUUUUACCUUGUGAAUGGUUCGUGCCGUAGAGGUUUAAAUCUGUUGUAUACACACUCUGUUUUCUAUUCGUUAAGAAGAAAGAAGAAGAAAGAAAAAAAAAAAAACAACUGGAAUUUAAAAAAAUGUUGAUGUUAAUAAAGUUGAAUAAUUGUU